AUGGAGAACUCGGCGUCGCUGCACCGAGAAAUAUUGAUAAGUUUGAUUCCCUUGAAAUUUUGUGAGGAUGUUGAUCUAAUAGACUCUAGAAUUCAAAUAAUUAUGAAAUUUAGUAUUAAUAAAAACCAGACUACGAAACUGACCUCUACAAUUGAAACUAAUAGUAUAAAUUCAGAUGUUGAUUUAUUUGAUGAACAAAGCCAACUUGAACAUAAAAAGACCUUAAAGAGGGAUUUAUCGGCACGGCAUAUUUCCAUGAUGGCUAUUGGUGGGGCUUUGGGUCCAGGAUUACUUAUUGGAACCGGUACUGCUUUGGCAACUGCAGGUCCAGCUUCAGUUCUUAUUGCGUUUUCUGUCAUAGGCUUGGUUGUUUAUUGCGUUAUGUGUUCUCUUGGGGAAAUGGCUACUUAUAUUCCUCUACCAGAUGGACUUGCAGGUUAUGGAUCAAGAUAUGUUGAUCCAGCAUUAGGGUUUACGAUGGGAUAUUCUUACUUGCUUAAAUAUUUCAUCUCCACUGCAAACCAGUACGUUUCUGGUGCAUUGGCGAUACAGUAUUGGAUAGCACCAGAAACAGUUAAUCCGGGGGUUUGGAUAGCAGUUUACCUAAUCCUUGUGGUAGGUAUUAACUUUGCCGGAGUCAGAUAUUUGGGCGAAGUUGAAUUUUGGUUAUCUUCUUUAAAAGUUUGUGUUAUUAUUGGCCUCAUAAUUUGCAUGAUUAUUAUAAUGCUUGGAGGAGGACCUAACCAUGAUAGGCUUGGCUUUCGGUUUUGGAAGAAUCCUGGUGCUUUUGCGACUUACAAAGAUAUUCCCGAUUCUAAAGGUAAAUUUGUUGCAUUUUUAUCAGUAUUAGUAAACGCGGUCUUUGCCUUCUUAGGUACUGAAUUAGUUGGAGUUAUGGUUGGCGAGGCUCAAAAUCCUAGGAGAAAUAUUCCUCGGGCAAUAAGGUUAACAUUUUACCGUAUUGUCGUGUUUUAUGUUUUAUCAGUAUUUGUGCUUGGCUGUUGUGUUGCGUACGAUGAUCCUCAACUAAACUUAACUUCGAAAACGACUGCAAAUGCUUCACCUUUUGUAAUCGCAAUUAAGAAUGCUUCCAUACCGGUGCUCCCACAUAUUGUCAAUGGAUCUAUUUUGCUAUUUACCUUUUCUUCAAGCAAUUCAGAUUUAUAUGUUGCAAGCAGAACAUUGUAUGGUUUGUCUCUCAGAGGUGAAGCACCAGUAUGUUUUUCGUACACCAAUAAACGUGGCGUCCCAUAUUAUUCACUUUUAUUAAGUGCAGUGUUUACAAUGCUAGCUUUUAUGGCCGUUUCAACUAAUUCAAAACUCGUUUUCGAUUAUUUUGUUAGUUAUGUUUCAAUGUUUGGCUUGUUAAUUUGGAUAAGCAUCUUGGUAUCGCAUAUUUAUUUUAUUAAAGCCUGCAACAAGCAAGGUGUUGAUAGGAAUAGUUUUGUCUAUCAAGCACCAUUCGCACCAUACUCAACAUACUUAGCGUUGAGUAUUUGUUGUCUUGUAGCAUUAAUCAAAAAUUUCACGGUUUUUAUUGGAAGUUUUGACUAUAAGACAUUUGUUGCAGGGUAUAUUUCUAUUCCUUUUUAUUUUAUUCUUCUAUUCGGAUACAAAAUUGUUACGAAUACGAAAGGAAUCAAAUCCGAGGAAGUAGAUCUUUUCUCCUAUAAGGAUGUCAUUGACAAAGAAGAACAUGAGUACUUAAUGAAAAAAGAGGAAGACCUCAAAAUGUUUGAACAUUCCAAGGGUGUAGGUUGGUUUUACCGUAAAUUUAUUGGAUGGAUCUUUUGA